CUGCGUCGGUGUAGCAUGACGGCAGACGGCUGUACAGAGUUUAGUGUCAUCAUGUAAACUGGAGGGCUGGGGUCGGUUAGCAGAGUUUAGUGGAGUUCUGCUUGAAAGUAUUCUGAUCAGAAAAUGGAGGCGAGGCAGCUGAAAAGAGAAGUCGAAGCCCUCAUCGGGGACUACAUCGGACAGAAACUAAGAGAGAAGUCCUUUGACCCAAAGGGGAAGGGGACCUCCACCGUGCUGGAUGAUUUGGCUCACUACGACCUGGCCAUCAGCGUCGCUCUGUGGUGGCUGGAGAAAGAGGAGGGACGGAAUGUGCUCGACAGAGACAUCAUCGGGGCAACAAGCAGAUCAGGAAUGGCCCAGUAUCCUAAUCGUUUGGAGCGCGAGGCAAUGAUCCUGUCAUCAUUUGCUGGGAUUAUUAUGAGCAGCCUUCCAGUGGAGGAAAUCUUGGCGCUGUACAGGUGCAAACCUGCUGCUUCUUACCCCAACCAGCACUCCAAGGUUGCGCUCGUCCACCCCUUCACGUUAUCCUACCACCCGUUGGCCAUGCUCGGCUCUUACAAGGCCGUGCAUCACUCCAAGAAGCACAGUUUAAAGCUGAAAAGAUGGCUGUCUGAGAGAAUGAAAGCUAAUGCUCCACCUAGACGAGUUCCAGUGCAGUCUUCCUCCUCCUCCUCCUCUCACUCCUUCCUCAGUGACAGCAACGAUGGCCGACAGGAGAGGACUGAGCACUACGAGGGUUCACUCGAGUCUCUGCAUGACUGAAGUCCUCUUCCUGCACUUUCUUAUAUGACUUUAAAUCUCCAGACUGAGGGGAAAAAGUGUGUGAAUUAUAAAACCCUCAAAAGUUUGGACGUUGUGUAAAAUGUCAAUAAAAGCAAAAUGAGAUGAUUUGCAAAUCAUGUCUUGGUCUCGGUUAAUGUGGUCUUGUGUGUGUCAUUUUUAUUUGAAAAUAGCACAAAGACAACAUAUCAAAUGCUGAAACUGAGACAUUUCUUAGGUAAAAAAAAAAUACAUCAGUAACGCCUUUCAAACUAAGACAGGACAGCCGAAACGUUAAAAGAAAACACGGCCAUGUCCCAACAUUUUAGAAAUGUGUUGCUGGCGUCAAAUCCUAUUUUUUUAAUUUUUUUUUUAUUGUAAUUUACAAGAAAUUUUAGGUGAUCAGUUAAAGUUUUAAAUGGAAUAUAUUAUGAAAAAUCCACCUCUACAGUGUUUUUGUGUACUGACCCACAACAUGUGAAAUAAACCCAUCCAGUACUUUG